AUGGCCUUCCCGACGCCCUUCCCGACGGCCAUCCCGACGCCCUACCCGACGCCCUACCCGACGCCCUACCCGACGGCCUUCCCGACCCCCUACCCGACGCCCUCCCCGACGGCCUUCCCGACGCCCGUCCCGACGCCCUUCCCGACGCCUUUCCCGACGGCCUUUCUGACGGCCUUCCCGACGCCUUUCCCGACGGCCAGCCCGACGCCUCCUCCGGGCUGGCUGACGCCGCAUCCGACGUUUCCUCCCGGGGCUCCCACGGCGGGCGGAGCUGGCGGUGUGGCUGCUACUGGCGACCCCCACUUGCAGAAUGUCCAGGGUGAGCGGUUCGAUCUGAUGAGGCCAGGCAAGCACGUUCUCAUUAACAUCCCCAAGGGGGUUCGCGCUGACGAGGCAUUGCUCUGCGCGCAGGCCGAUGCGCGCCGAAUGGGUAGCUCCUGCGCGGGCCUCUGUUUCGUCGAUGUUAAUGUUACGGGGUCGUGGGCAGAGGCGAAGCAAGCUGGAGGGUGCCGUCACGCCGUGUCGAAACGGGCAGUCGAGACUCCAGAUUGGGUUGCUUUUGGGAAGGUUGAGCUGAAGGUCGUUGAAGGACGCGCGCAAAGUGGCAUCGGCUACUUGAAUGUGUGCGUGAAGCAUUUGGGGCGAGCAGGGUUUGCAGUCGGGGGCUUGCUGGGAGAGGACGACCACGCAGAGACAGCGGUUCCUCAGCGGGUUGUAUCCACCAUGUGGCUCUUCUGGAAGUGA